AUGGAGGAUUUGUAUAGCAUUCACCGAUUUGGAAAACAUAACUUUGAGGUAAAGCGGAAGUACGAGUACAUGCCCAAUCCAAAUGUUGAAAUAGGAACAGGAGGUAAAAUGCUACUGAGAGAAGAUGAUUAUGAUAAAGCUAAUAAGGCAAAAGUCAAAAGUAUUUUGAAGUUAGCUCAAAUCCAUAUUGUUGUGGCCACUUUGAUAAUGACAGUCACUUUUGCUGCUGGUAUCACAUUGCCAGGAGGUUUUGAGAGCGACUCUGAUAGCUCUAAUCAAGGGAUGACGAUUCUAAUAAGGAAAAUAGCAUUUCGUGCAUUUGUUGUUUAUAAUGUCAUUGCCUUCACAUUCUCAGCUGUUGCCAUAUUCAUCUACUUCCUCAUGGCAGAUGUAAGUAGAAAUCCUCAACAAUUGAAAAUUAUACAGAAGCUUUAUGAUCUCGCCAGUAUUUGUCUGUUCUUGUCAAUGUUAGCAAUUGUAGUUGCAUUCGCAACGGAUAUGUUCGCUACUUUAUCACAUUCACUUGGUCUUGCCGUUACUGUCUAUAGGUUGCCUCUCUAUUUUAUUGUACUUCCUGGUUGUUAUUUGUAUAAGAAAGUAGAGAGACAUGAAUGCUAG